AGGGAUCCAGAGCCAUUUGAUUGGUAUCAGCGGUACAGCGGUCUGAAGGGUCUAUUAAAGCAACAUAUUCGCAAGAGUGAUUCUAUUUUGAUGGCCGGAUGCGGCAAUUCCUCAAUGAGUGAGGACAUGUACGAGGAUGGCUUCACACACAUCACGAAUAUC